AUGAAAAUCACAUUGCACUGGUUUGAAUGGUCUUUUUGGCGCACAGUUUGGCACUUCGCCUCGAAUAUAUCGAGCUUCAUUCUCUGGCCACUCCGACACCUCUUCAUUGCUUUUGCUUCGACUACACCAAAAGGAGACCAGCAGCAUCAGAAUGAUGAAGAGCAGCGUUUAAAUUCUGUUGAUGCCCAAUCAUCCGAACAUAUUCCACCGAACAUUACUAUUCGACGAGCCUCUCAACGCCCGGAUAACCACAAGCUCUUGAUCAUUGGAAUUUUCGCUGAAGUGUAUCUUCUGGAUGAUAAAAUUAUCAGGAAAAUUCCUCGUAGCCAGAGUGAAGAAGACAGGCGACCUAUAAUCCGUGAAGCUAUGAUAUAUGGCAUUCUCGGUACUCAUGCACGGAUUGCUGAAUGGCUAUCAAGGGGCAUAUCCGACUACAUUGACAUUAAAUACUACCCAUAUGGUGACCUUGUGAAAUAUUGCCAGGAGAACUCGAUCAGCCCGGAGCUUCGAUCUAAAUGGUACCAGCAGAUCUUGGAAGCUGUUAUCGUUAUUCAUAGUUAUGGCAUUAUCCAUUCUGAUCUCGCCCUGCGGCAGUUUUUCAUUGACGACAAUUUGGAUCUACGACUUGGUGAUUUUAACUCUUCGCAAUGCCCUGGUCAUAUAUCACUGGGCUACGAAAAAGCAUCACACUGCUUGCCACGAGAUUAUGAACUUCCUAACACCGAAAUAUCCGAUAUUUUUGCUCUAGGAUCUACUCUCUACGAGCUAGUUGCUGGUGAGGCUCCAUACAGCGAACUCUCUGGACCCAAAUCGGAAGAUCCGGAUAUCAUCAAAGCUCAAAUCCGACGACAACAUUUGGUGGAUCAUGAGAUUGAAGCACUGUACAAAACCCAGAAUUUUCCGGAUGUAUCUAACCUAUUCAGAGGAGAAAUCAUACUAGGUUGUUGGAUAGGGGAAAUCCGCACUGCACAAGCUGCACUUGAUUUGUACUUGAAACACUGGUGUGCUUUGCGGAUAUGCUAG